AUGCACCGGCACUCGGGAGCGCUGGCGAGCGAGUUGGCAGAGGGAGACCUCGUCGCGGAAUCCUCUGCCAUCUCACUGCUCUGCGACUCGCUCGCAACCGCACCAGGCAGCAUGUUGAGCCGGUCACUAGCUUCAUCGUCGCGCUUGAUCGCCUCGACCUCGCGGACAGCGGCGUGUACGGCGUGUGCAGGGCAGCAGGGUGCGGCACGGGCAUUCUCGGCGGCAGCAGCACGGCGAGCAGAGUCGUCGCUUCCUGGACCGCUUCCUCACUACGCCCACCCGAACGCCCUCACUUCCCAGCCUCUCCCUCAAUCGUCUGCCUCUGCCUCUGAACUCUCCGCUCUCGCCCUCCUCCGCUCCCAACCCUCUCACUACAUCGUCGCCCUGUUCAUGGGCAAACGCUACAUCCUCGCGCCCGGCGACGUCCUCACAGUUCCCAAUCUCAAGAACACCAAGGUCGGCGACCGCCUCGCCCUGACCCGCAUCCUCGAAGUCGGCUCGCGCGACUACACCCUCCGCGCUGGCCAGGACCGCAUGCAUCCCGCCGCGACAGCUGCGAUCGCCUCCUCUGCCCAACUCGCCGCCAACAAGGUGCCGAUCACCCUCCGACCACCGAUGACCCGCGUUAUCAACGUCGACGGCGUCCCGCGCGACUGGCAGCGACACCCCGACAGCCUGCCGUACCUCUCGCAGGACGUCGUCCAGGCCGACAUGACGGUCCUCGAGCACACCAAGGGCAAGCAGUUUACGGUUGAGAAGUUCAAGAAGCGCAAGGGGUACCACCGGACCCUCCGCUUCAAGCUGGGUUUCACCAAACUCCGCGUCGGCGACAUCAAGCUGGGCCAGGCGUGA